AUGGAGGUGGAGGUGAAGAAGAAGGAUGGGAGUAGGAAGGAGGUGAGGAGAGAAGCGGGUGAAGCAGUUGCGAAGGCAAGGGCAGAAGUGGGUGAAGGUGGAGCAAAACUCGGGUGA